AUGUCUAAAAACAUGGAGACAUCCCAACACCCUUGUUCUCAGCCCACCAGCGCUAACCUAAUGACUCUCCCCUCGGAACUCCAUAUCCAAAUAAGCACCUACCUUUCCUAUCCGGACGCCCUAGCCCUCAAACACAGCAACCGUCACUUCUACUCCUUAGUCUUCACAGGUGUACGCCUGAAAGUUGCCUGGCUCGUCGAGCGGUUUAAGUGUGGACUCGAAUGCCCCAUGGAGAAGUGCUCGUUCAGUACUGACGAGUCUUUUUGCAAUGGGCGUGUGCGCGGCAUUAUGGAGCGCCGUCGGUGGCAUCUUGAGUGUCGUCGGGUUAGGAAUGGUUGUCUGCUUGUUAAUGGCCAGACUUGCCCGUCGCAUUCGGUGCCCGCUUGGCUCAAGGUUAGGGGACAGGCCAAAAGGAGAGUUGUCAAGGCAAUGGAGAGCUGGGGACAUGAAGCUGAUAUUGUGUUGCAUAGCCUUUAUGAUUGGCAUUAUGGCCGUUCUGCUGAACUUAUUGUGGCAUUUUGCCCAGAGAAAUUGGUACCUCGACAGCAGAUUGAGAGGACACUAUACGACUACUCAUUGAGUGAUGAUUCAACUGAGUUCGGGUGUCAAUUGACGAUCAGCCACGAAUUGGUGUAUGGACGAACCAUCGGUCGCCAUAAGAAACAAAUCGCCAAGCAAUCUAGCAACACGCUCACAAAAGAUCGCUACACAACAGCGUCUUCAGCAUCUUCAAUGAGCAUGAUGAUGUAA